AUGUUGUACGCUGCCACUCCUGCCUCUGCCACUCCUGCCGCCGCCACUCCUGCCGCCGCCACUCCUGCCGCCGCCACUCCUGCCGCCGCCACUCCUGCCGCCGCCACUCCUGCCGCCGCCACUCCUGCCGCCGCCACUCCUGCCGCCGCCGCCGCUGCCGAUUCAGGAGGAAUCAGGAUUCAGUGUGAGUUGGCAGAGCAGGCUGUGUUUGCUGGCGUGUUGCAAGAGCGAGCCAAAAAUACGUGCAAAAGUAAUUACUGGCAGAGUAGGGAUAUAGAUCUUCAACUUUCUAACGAACAGAGCGCUGAGUGUAAUAGUCAACACAAUAAAAUCUGGAUCAUCUAUUAUGAAAAGCUCAAUUCCCUAAGGUACCGUACUUGUUCCGGUAAUUUAGACAAGGAUACAAACUACAGCACUGUAUCAUCAUUUGCAGAUGAAACUAUGAUUAUUAUGGGAGUAAACUUCAGCAGUGAUACACAGGUAAACUUCAGCAGUGAUACACAGGUAAACUUCAGCAGUGAUACACAGGUAAACUUCAGCAGUGAUACACAGGUAAACUUCAGCAGUGAUACACAGGUAAACUUCAGCAGUGAUACACAGGUAAACUUCAGCAGUGAUACACAGGUAAACUUCAGCAGUGAUACACAGGUAAACUUCAGCAGUGAUACACAGGUAAACCACAACAGUGAUAGACACAGAUUCUUUGUCGAAUUUGGCGAAUUUUGGAUGGAGGUGGCUUCCGCUACUUCUUCUUCUGGUUAG